AUGGACGCCCCAGUGAAGAGAUCUCGAGCGAGUAAGCCCAAAGUGCGGACAGGCUGUCUCACCUGCAAGGCACGCAGAAUCAAAUGCGACGAGGGCAAGCCCGAAUGCAAACGUUGUAAAAUCGGUGGCAGAAAAUGCGAUGGCUAUCUCCCAGCCCAAGAGGGAAUGCUUGCAAUGGUGCCCAAGCAGCUUAUCGAUGUGCCGGCGGUAACAGUGCCAGGAGAGUCGCGAGCGCUGGAGUUCUUUUUCCAUAAGAGUGCGCCGCUGCUGGCGGGGUUUUUUGAGGGUGCGUUUUGGAAUGGAAGUGUGUUGCAGCUCAGUCUUGCGGAGCCAGCUAUUCGGCAGGCUAUUGCGGCUAUUGGGUCUGUUCAUGAAGAGCAAGGGUUGAAGAGAUUGGAGGAUAGCAAUGUCAGCAGUGCUGGGUCUCAGACUGCGGUGCAACUGUACAAUCGCGCGAUUGGGUUGGUUAUCGCUAGAGCAAACGUGGAUCCAAAUGCAAUUCCUGCGGUAACGAUGGCAAGUAUCCUGUUCACUUGCUUCGAGUUUCUCCGUGGUAAUGCCCCAGCCGCGGCAUCCCAUAUCACCAGCGGUGUUCGUCUGUUACAGGAGUGGCGCGACAAAACUGGUACUCAACCUGUGGGCCCUUGGGGUCAAUCGCAUAAGUCAUUUGAAUCGCAAUUUAUGGAGACAGAACUUGCACCAAUUCUGAGUCUCUUCAACCUGAACACAUGCGAGUUCGGUCCCGGUCAGCGCAGUCGGGUCAUUCUCAAUGCGGUCAACGAGCAGGGCUUUCUUGUGCUCACAGACAAGUUCGAAAGCCUCCGCGAAGCACGCGUCGCACUCGUAGACCUGGUGACUUCGACGUCCGUGCUAUUCAAUAACAUGGACGAGGGCGUUGGCAAAGGACAACUCCCUGAUACCAACCUUGUGACAGUCUUCAGUGGCAUGCGCAACAACCUCGACCGGUGGAAGGCAAAUUUCGAGGAUCUCGUUGACCGCAAAGGGGCAACAUGGGAUAAAGCACAAAGAAGUGCUGCAGACAAUAUCCGUGUCAUGUGGUGUAGUACAGAAAUAGGCAUUAUUUCCUAUGCAGUGGGAACCGAAACCGCCUGGGACGCUCAUCGGGAUAGCUUUGAACGGAUCCUACGCUUGUCCGAAUCACUCAUCUCGGACACAGAUCGCUACCCUAAUGACUUAUCCAAAACACUCAGUCUGGAUCUGGGAUUGAUAUUCCCCCUUCACGCAGUGGCCUGGAAAUGCCGCUGGCCGCUUCUGCGUCGUCGGGGAUUGGAUCUUCUGCUUAGGAGCCCAAAACGGGAAUGGCUGCUUGAGGCAGAGCGGUAUCAUACAUUAUUCACACGAGUCAUGGAGUUCGAGGAAUCUGCCCUGUCGGUCCCUUUUAUAGAUACCCCCGGUGCAGACGAAGAGGAUUUUCUCCCGCCCGAACAAGCGCGCAUCCACGACUUCUACUGCCAGCCCCUUCCCAAUACCACAUCAAGAACAGGAAAUAAGUAUACCAUGCAUGCCGUGACUUUCGAAACUAAGCCAGACGGCCCACAUGGCGAACCGCGGUACCAUACUGACUGUAUUUGGAUGCCGACUACUACCAGUCCGAUAGUAGGCAAAGGAGACCAGGGAGACGUUGAGGCGAUUGCACCGUUGACAAAUCUGCUGUCCACUAAGAAAUGGGCGAAGCCUGAAUUGACAGAUAUGCAGACGGCGAGUUUGUUGAAAGGUGUUGUUAUUGGGUUAGACUGA